UGGUGAAGCAGCGGAUGCAGAUGUUCAACUCUCCCUACAAGUCAGUCCUGGCCUGCGUGAGGACAGUGCAGAAAACAGAAGGUUUUGGUGCCUUCUACCGCAGCUACACCACCCAACUGACCAUGAACGUGCCCUUCCAGGCCAUCCACUUCAUCACCUAUGAGUUCAUGCAGGAGCACAUCAACCCCCACAGGGAGUACAACCCUCGUUCCCACAUCCUCUCCGGAGCCGUCGCUGGGGCCGUGGCUGCUGCUGCCACCACCCCCUUGGAUGUGUGCAAAACCCUCCUCAACACCCAGGAGAACAUGGCCUUGAGCUCUGUGAACAUCAGUGGACACCUCUCAGGCAUGGUGAAUGCCUUCAAGACUGUGUAUCAGCUGGGAGGUAUCUCAGGGUACUUCCGAGGGGUCCAAGCACGAGUCAUCUACCAGAUGCCUUCAACAGCCAUUGCUUGGUCAGUGUAUGAGUUCUUCAAGUACUUCCUCACAAAGCACAAGCUGGAGAAAAGAACAUCCUUGUGA